CACCAAGGCUCCCUUCGGGGUGGCGAAGGCAGAGCGCCCUCCAACCCGGCCUGUCCCGGAGAAGCACGAGUGCUGCCCGCCCUCUCCCUGGGGGAGCCGGGGGCGCGGGACUGAGAUUCCCGGGGCGGACGCGAAGCGCAGGACGGAGCUGAGUCAGCCGCCGGGCGCACGCACCGGGCAGCGUGAACACACGGCCCGGCGGGACCCCCAGCGCCAGGUCCCGGGAAGCGAGGUGCUCAGAGGGAGGGAGCGAAUAGGAGACGCCCUUUGCACCGUCGGAGGGUGCAGGGACUCGGUGAGCGCCCGGAACACCCGGACCCCAAGGGACCCCUGGAAGCGCGGAGGAGGGGACCCGGCGGAUCAGCGGAGCCGCCAAGCCCGGGACGUCCGGGUCCCCUCGCGGAGGCCACCGCAGCUCCCGCCCGGGACAGUCGGCGCGACCUGCACUUGCUUCCGAGUUCUUUGAAGAAGUUUCAGGUGCAGACUCACUUUCUGUGGGCACGAGGCCGCCGCUCUCGGGAGCGGGAAGGGCGCCGAGGGGUCGGCGGCUCGGAGCCGCCUCGCGUCCGGCUGGAAGCCGCGGUCCUGGCCCCGGUGACGCCCGGCCUCGCUCGCUCUCCGGGGCUCAGCCUCGCCCGGGCCGCCCUCCGCGUGCAUGUGCGGGGAGCAGGGCGCGGGCUCGGCCGCCGGGCCUCGAAAACACCGCGCGCAUGGCCGCCGGGGGGGCACCCCAGCCCUCGCCCCCUCCCCCUGCGCGGGCCGCUGCCCGACCUUCGAGAGCGGUAGCUAUGGGCGCCCUGGCUGGCUGCUGGGUCCUGAGCCUCCUCGCUUACGCGUACCUGUCCUGGGGCCAGGGCUUAGAGAAGGAAGAGGAAGGGACCCGGAGAGCUCAAGCUGCGGAGAGACCCGGGCCCGCACAGCCGCACCUCAUCUUCAUCCUCGCGGAUGACCAGGGAUUUAGAGAUGUGGGCUACCAUGGAUCUGAGAUAAGGACGCCCACACUGGACAAACUGGCCGCCCAAGGAGUUAAACUGGAGAACUACUACGUCCAGCCCAUUUGCACACCAUCCAGGAGUCAGUUUAUUACUGGAAGGUAUCAGAUACACACAGGCCUUCAACAUUCUAUCAUAAGACCUACCCAACCCAACUGUUUACCACUGGACAAUGCAACCCUACCUCAGAAGCUGAAGGAGGUUGGAUAUUCAACACAUAUGGUGGGAAAAUGGCACUUGGGGUUUUACAGAAAAGAGUGCAUGCCCACCAAGAGAGGGUUUGAUACCUUUUUUGGUUCCCUUUUGGGAAGUGGUGAUUAUUAUACACACUACAAGUGUGACAGUCCUGGUAUGUGUGGCUAUGACUUGUAUGAAAAUGACAAUGCUGCCUGGGACCAUGACAAUGGCAUCUACUCCACACAGAUGUACACGCAGAGAGUGCAGCAAAUACUAGCUUCCCAUAACCCCUCACAGCCUAUAUUUUUAUAUAUUGCCUACCAAGCUGUCCACUCACCACUGCAGGCCCCAGGCAGGUACUUUGAACACUAUCGAUCCAUUAUCAACAUAAACCGGCGUAGAUACGCCGCCAUGCUUUCCUGCUUGGAUGAGGCAAUCCAUAAUGUGACCCUGGCCCUGAAGGCAUAUGGUUUCUAUAACAACAGCAUUAUCAUUUACUCUUCAGAUAAUGGUGGCCAGCCCACUGCUGGAGGAAGCAAUUGGCCCCUCAGAGGUAGCAAAGGAACAUAUUGGGAAGGGGGCAUCCGGGCUGUUGGCUUUGUGCACAGCCCACUUCUGAAAAACAAGGGAACUGUAUGUAAGGAACUUGUGCACAUCACUGACUGGUACCCUACCCUGAUUUCACUGGCUGAAGGACAGAUUGAUGAAGAUACUCAACUCGAUGGUUACGAUGUCUGGGAGACCAUCAGUGAAGGCUUUCGUUCACCCCGAGUGGAUAUUUUGCAUAACAUUGACCCCAUCUACACAAAGGCAAAAAAUGGCUCAUGGGCAGCAGGCUAUGGGAUCUGGAACACGGCCAUCCAAUCAGCCAUCAGGGUGCAGCAUUGGAAACUGCUCACGGGAAAUCCUGGCUACAGUGACUGGGUUCCACCUCAGGCUUUCAGCAACCUGGGACCCAACAGGUGGCACAAUGAACGGAUUACCUUGUCUACUGGCAAGAGCCUAUGGCUUUUCAACAUCACAGCUGACCCAUAUGAGAGGGUGGACCUUUCUAGCAGGUAUCCAGGCAUCGUGAAGAAGCUCCUGAAGAGACUCUCCCAGUUCAACAAGACCGCUGUGCCUGUCAGAUACCCACCCAAAGACCCCAGGAGUAAUCCUCGGCUCAAUGGAGGAGUCUGGGGACCAUGGUACAAAGAGGAAAAUAAGAAAAAGAAGGCAAGCAAAAAUAAAGCUGAGAAAAGGAGAAAGAAAAAUAAGACCAAGAAAAAGAAACAACCUAAAGUGCGCUCAUCCCCGGAUUGCCAUUCAGGUAAACCAGCACAUUUGGCUCAGAAGUGUCACUGCCAAUAGCGUCAGGCUCGUAUUGAUGUUGCGCCACACCACAGACGUCAGCCCCCUGCUGCCACAUGCAAACGGUGCUGCCUGGUGCAAAGGCGCUGCUUCUGGAAGCCACUCUCGGAGGAGACUGGAAAAGUUGAUGUCUCUCAGUCCUGUGUGAAAGGUGAUGGGUCUGGGGCUCAGCUGUUGCGCUUCUAACCCAACACUGUGCCUCAAGUCAAGAGAGGGGACUUGAGCCCGGCAGCCAUGAGCAAGCCCAUAUGACAGACAACACAGGGCCCUACGAUUAAAAACUACUUUUGAUAUAGUCAGGUUGCGUCACCUCAAUGGCCUUGAAAAGUAUUUUUUUCCUCAGUGAAUUUUAUAUCUCUUUCAUGACACUUGGGUGCUUAAAUUAUUUCUAUUUCAUGUAUCAUUUCCUUUCUUGUGAAAAUAAGCUGUUCUUCUCACGUGUGAACAACUUGCACCUCACUUUAUCAUAUGUGUGGGAGAGGAAAAUGGGAAUGCCUGAGCGUACUGCCAAAGAGGAAUGUAACUGUCCCUUUAUUUAGCAUUUAUGCUUAAUAAAGUCACAUUUCAGCAUAAAACGAAUAAUUUAUUUUUAUGGAAAAAGUACUUUGUUUUCAUAAAAAUUAUCCAAAGGACUUUAUUUUCUACAUACAAUUAUAAGAAUUUUAUUUCAUUUCUUUAAGAUAACCAAGCACUGUAAUACCAAAAAUUACUGUAAUAUUAAAUAAAUGUGUAGAAUAUAAAAAAAUUAUUCAGAAAAAUGAUAAUCAUUGUUCAACUAUUAUUUUGAAUGUAAUGCUAUGAAUAUGUUCCUUACAGAUUAUUUGGAAAUUUAGUGUUUGUG